AUGCGGAAAACCCGUGUUUUCAGGAGCGACCUUGAGAAGAAGUUUAGCGCUCGUCAUAAUCCGGACGAUUUUUGCUUUUCCUAUGAGCAGGCAAUGCAACAGGAAUAUGAUCGAUUAACGCAAUUACAAGGGAAGAUAGAAAAGCCUGUUAUACAGGAGAUGUGCAAUCGGAUUCAUCAUAGUACUUAUUCGUUAGACGACCUUGUAGAAUCAUUAGAAAACUAUCUCGACGACUACUUUGUGAAAGGUGAAAAUGUGGAGUUUAGACCGGGAACUGACAGAACUGUACUUGCGAAGGUGACGGGUGUGGAGAAGAAAGGUGGAGCAGUGUUUUAUACCUUGUUGUACGAUGACAAAGAAAUUGGUCGAAUCAAUGGAAGGGAUUUAAGGCGGCGUUAUAAAAUUUCUGAAGACGAUAUUCGAUCGCUUAUUCUAUUGUUAGGUUCACAGCAACCUGGAAAACCUUGGCAGAUUGAGGAAGGAUAUAAGAAGGAAUAUGGCAUCAAAGACAAACUGGCACCUAUUUUCUGCUCUUUUUCCCAUUCGAAAUCCUCGAACAAGAUCGUGAGCACGACUGGAAGAAGUGAGGUCUCAUGGGGUACUAUGCCUUGCUUUCCCUCGCUGCCAAAGACGAUGAUUCCGAUUCUGAUACACCUCUCGUCAACUUCAUUCCUCAACGAAGGAGUGGAGUUGCCCUACCGCCUAAUGCCUCAUCGAAAGAAGUUGACAAGCAGAGGAAGAAGCAAGAGAAGAAAGACCAACAAGAAAGAGAAGAAAGACCAGCAGAAAGAGAAGAAGGAAAAGAAGAAGGCUGACAAGAAAGGAAAGGAACAAAAAGAGAAUGGUUCUGGGGAUCUGACCAAGUUUAUCUGUGCUGGAGGUGCUAAUGGUGAGCAUAAAUCGGGUGAAGCUACGGGAACUCCAUUUCUGACGCCUCAGAAACGUAGCGAGAAAAGGUUCAAGUCUGCUGUAAGUAAACUGCAAGAUGCUUGGCGGAAGCGGGACGAGCAGGAAUUUAUCAGUGCAGCAGCCUGGGCUGCAAAGGUCCUCUCUGGAGUUCAGAUCGAUAAGAUUCCUCACGAAUGUCAUCGAUUUGCGGUGCGAAAGGCUUACGACAAGGUCAAGGAUGCUGAAACUUUGAAGAAGAUGAAGACGAAAGAGGAGCGAGCAGCAUUCCGGGACAAGAUGCGUGAACAGAAGACAUCAACAUCAAAAAAUAAUGCUUGGCGAAGAUCAAGGCCUACUUCAGAAAUUGCAGAGGAAGACAUUGUAGUUAGCGAUGUGGCUCUGCCAUGUCCCGGUCGACCUGUUUCAGUUCCGAGCGGGCAAUCGUUACUGUUAACUGACUGCGUAGUCUUUACUCAAUUCUUUUCCUCGUUGAAGAAGUUCAUCGAAGCGGAUCACAAGAUUACAGCUAAGCAACUUUUCGAUGCUGUUCAUGAAGGAAGGCCAGGCUUUAUGAAAUGCACCGCCAAAUUGUUUGGCUCGCUCUUGAAGACUUUGUUGCAGGAUCCGGAGUACGGGAAUCUUUCCCAUUUCAAUGUUCGUCUUCAUGAAUUUUCAAUUGAAAAUAACACAGUAUCUGAACUGUGUCGUGCUCUUCUCAUUGGAAGUACGGGCUUGGACGAAAAAAUUCGCGAAUGCAACGACGUCAUUGACUUCACGACUCCGAAUGGAGUGGACAACGAGGAUGGGGAGAAUGCUGUUGAAAGCGGUCGUAACUCUCCAUGUGAAGUGAACGACAUGUCACAGAUCGAUAUAGAUGUGUGCAAGACCUUCCUUGACAGCUUUACGCCCGACAAGGAACUCUGGGAACUGACUCCGGAAGAUCAAUUGGGAAUUCUUGGUUUAGUGCUGAAUCGUGUGCUUGACCUUCGUUCGUUCAAGGAUUACAUUAACCAGGAAGGACUCAGUGAAGCUGCUAGAAACUUGCGUGAUAAGAUCACAAAACUUAAUGAGCAGGUCACUUCGUGGCAAGAGGAACUGGUUGCUUUGCCUGAGUACGAAGAGGUUCCUGACCCACUUCUGCUUUCUCGAAGUGAAACACGAGAAAGAGCCGAGACCCAGAGGCAGCGUGAGAAUUUGGAACGGAGGAUUGAAGAGAAUAAGGAUAAAGUGGGCGAGCUUCUCGAAAAGCUUACGAUGGAGAGGCUGGCAAAAUCUCAAUCCAAACGUCUCGUCCCUAUUGGAGAAGACCGCCAUUUCCGUCGUUACUACUGGUUCCAUGGAAAAUCCGCGGAUGAUGGUAUUUGGAUCCAAGAUCUGGGUGUGACCUCGUAUGAAAAAUUUAUCCGCGCUUGUAUCAAAGCUGGGAAACCGUUUGAAGAAGAAGUGGAUGAGGAAGAAAUAAAAAUUGAAGAACCUGAAAAUAAGCCGUCUUCCGAGAACAACCAGGAUCCUGCAAGUACCCCUGUCAAGAAAUCCGAAGCCGACUGGCCGGUUCUCGAACCGGAAAGUUACACGGAGACAUGGUACAGAGUGCCCGAUGUGACGUCGUUCGACAGUUUGUUGAGUUCCUUAAUGAAAGCAGGAAUUAGAGAAGGAAAAUUGCUGGCGUUCCUGAGGAAAAAUAAAGAUGCAAUACUCAGCAGUAUUACUGGUGGAAGUGCACGGCAAAGCAAAACGUAA